CGGCCCUGGAGCGAGACCCGGAAGCUAUGGGUAUGUGCAGAGGGUUUGGGGUGACGGAAGAGGCAACAGAAGCGUACACCACCACCCCGCUCUCAGGCUGUCCUUUACGCGGAGCCAGGGACUCGCGCCUAAGCCAGUGUGCCCGGACCGGUCCCUUCUGAGCUGCGCCCCCGUUCCGUCCUCCGCCCGCAGAGGUGCUUGUUCUGGCCGGGUACCGCGCGCAGAAGGAGGACGAGCUGAGUCUGGCGCCCGGGGACGUGGUCCGGCAGGUGUGCGAGGGGCCCGCACGGGGCUGGCUGCGCGGAGAGCUGGGGGGUCGUUGUGGUCUCUUUCCCGAGCGCUUGGUGCAGGAGAUCCCGGAGUCUCUGCGCGGCGCCGGGGAGGCGCCGAGCCCGCGCUGUGCGCGCCGCCGAGGUCGCCCCGCCAAAUCUCAGGGCCCCCGAAGAUGGUGCAAGGUGAACUUCAACUACAGUCCGGAGCAGGCGGACGAGCUGAAGCUGCAAGCUGGGGAGAUUGUGGAAGUGAUAAAGGAGGCCUCGGGAACCCAGACAUGCCUUCAGUCAGCCCUGGUACCCAGCGGCCUCCCAAGCUGAGCAGUCUGACCUAUGACAGCCCUCCAGACUACCUGCGGACAGUCUCUCGCCCUGAGAUCUACAGGGUCCUGUUCAACUACCAGCCUGAGGCCCCGGAUGAGUUGGCGCUGCGGAGGGGGGACGAGGUGAAAGUACUGAGGAAGACCACAGAGGAUAAGGGCUGGUGGGAAGGAGAGUCUCAAGGCAGAAGAGGAGUUUUCCCCGACAACUUUGUGCUCCCCCCACCCCCAAUCAAAAAGCUGACCCCACGGAAAGUGGUGUCUCGGCAAUCAGCUCCUAUUAAGGAACCAAAAAAGAUGAUGCCCAAAUCGGCCCUCCCUACAGUCAGGAAGCUGGUGACAGCCCCUACUGGGCCCAGCAAAACCAAGCCUUCUUGGACACCCAGCGGCGGAGACAGUCAGAAGCGCCCCUCCCGAGACUCGGGCUCCGGCAGCAGCUUCCUCAGCGGGGGUCCAGCCCACCCUGGUAGAAAGGGAUCAAAAACCCAGGCUUCCCGGCAGCGCUCUGCAACCAGUCAGGAGGAAGAGCAGAGCAGCCUAGCAAAGGCCUCUCCUGUGAAUAAAACCCCCACUCUGGACAAGACCCCCAGCCCAGAGAAGACUCUGUCUCCGGAUAAGGCCCCCACUCCAGAGGAAACCCUGACUCCAGAUAAGGUCACCAUCUCCGAGGAGGCCCUGACUCUAGAGUUCAAGACCCCAGCCCCAAAGAUCCCCACCCCACAGGAUGGCCUGAUUCUAGACAAGGCUCCCAGCCCACACAGCCUCGUUUCUGUGGAUGAGGCCCCUGCCCCAGAAGUCCCACCAGAGGAUGAAGUCCUUGGCCCAAAGAUGGUCUCUCCUGGGGAUGAGGCGCCCACCCUAGAAAAGGUCUUGACCCCUGAGCAGGUGCCCUCUGAAGAGGCCUCCAGUAGAGACAACACUCAGUUCCAUCACUUCUCUCCUGAGCAAGCCCUGCCAGAGUUCAAGUCUCCUGUGGCCAAUGAGGCUCAAUCCCAAGAGGUCCACAUGCCAGAGGAGCCCGAUCUCUGCACGACGACACACCCUCUCGAUCAGAGGGACAGCUUCCCAUUCCAGUCUAAGUCCAAGCCAGGGUCCAUGCUUGCCCUUGAGAAGGCUACAACUCUCCUUGAGGAGGCACCUGGGAAGCAUGAGGGUACCCCGGAAGAGGAGGCACUCCCCAAAGAGGUGUCCCCCAAAGAGGUAGCCCCUGCCCAAAAGAAUCCUCAUUCUAUCAAGUCGACUGCAGACCCCCAAGAGACUCCCACUCUACUUUCCCUCGUCCCGCAAAAUCUCACGGACAGCAAAAGUGACAGAGGCGAUAUAAUGAGGCUACAGGACGAAAUGGAAUCUUUAAGGAGGUCGCUGGAGUGGAUGGCGGUGCAGCUGGAGAGGAAGCUGACCGACAUCUGGGAGGAGCUGAAGAGCGAGAAGGAGAAGCGCCAUUUGCUGGAGGUGCAGAUGAAGCAGGGGACUCAGGAGUCCCGGACCCGGGGCUCCAUCCACGCGCAGACGCAGACGCACUGAGGGUGGGCCCGGAAGGGACCACCGCGGGACCUGGGGGCAAGUCAGGCUCCGGCCUCCCACGUCCUAGCACGCGACUCUGAGAAACGCAAGAAAGUAAACUGCCGUGUACGCGCUCGCCGCGCCUGCCUGGUCCGUGCGGGGGCGGGGCCUGCGGGGCGGGGGCGGGGCCGGCCGGGCGCUCCGGGCCCUCCGCAUUCCCGGCGGUCUCUCCCGGGCACA